UCACCAGGUAUAAAACACUGUACGCACAACACAAACAAACUAUUAUUUUCAGUGUUAAGUCUAUUCAGCAUAAAAGAAAAUCCCGGUUAACAAUGAAGAUUUCAUUGGGUUGGAAGCUUAUAUUAGUUAUCGUAAUUUACCAGUGUAUUUUUUUGGAUGAUGCAUCGUCUGAAGUAAAAGAUUAUACUAUUGACGCGUGUUAUAUUAAAUCUAUUACUGAUAUCCUUGUGGAGCUGGAUGGGGUGGGCAGUUUGACAUGUGGUCAAAGUGUUGAAUUUUCGCAAAUAGGAAGAAAACCUCCGAAAAUAACCUAUAAAAAUGCGGUGAGCAAGUGGUACACUUUGAUAAUGGUUGAUCCAGACGCCUCUAGCAGUAGGCACCCACACGAUCGCUAUUGGUUACAUUGGAUUGUGUCUAUAGAGGGACAAAAACUUUUAAGAGGAACGGACGGAAAUGAGUAUUCUGUGGUUGAGUACAAUCCCCCUUCUGCAGAGGCAUAUAAUGGGAGACAUCGCUACCAGUUCUUUCUAUACGAACACGACUACAUUAGUACUUACAUCGUUCCUUCGAAACGGAGUCAGUUUGAUCCCCGAGAGUACGCUGAGAGUUACCUAGCCCUGGGUAAUGUUAGAGCACAAUUUCAAUUCGUAAUUGAGCAUAAGCCUAGAGGAGUUAGAGGAUAGUAUAAUGGUAAAAACAAAACUAACAUUCUAUUUAAUCUGCCAACGACAGCUAUUAUUUUAGGCCUACUAGUAGUUUAAGUAGUCUAUGCCUUUUGUAAUGAACUAGAACAUAUCAAAAGGCCUAUUCACCUGAUGGGAAUGUAAAAUACUCUACUAUAGGCCUAUUCUACAUGUUACAAUACCGGUACGUUAUAUUUGUCAAGAAAGUAUAAUACAUACUCCAAGUAUUGAAAUACACGCCACCGUGUUGGGAUUCAAUAUUUCGACAUUAAUUAUGUCAUCAUCAGGAAUAUAUUUGUCACUUCGUUGGACUUUUCAUUCAAUGAUGUUAGAAAUAAACAAUAACCCUAUUAUACGAGUAUCAGUGGAACACUCCUAUAAUGCCUAACCCUACAAAAAGGAGGUUUAACUGUGUAUUCAUAGGUAUUCGUAGUCGCUUUGUUUGUUAGCAGGAUUAUGGAAAACUAAUAAAUGGAUCAUCAUGAAGUUUAGUGGAGUGGUUCAUAUGGGUCUAUAAAAAAGAUUUAAUUAAUUUUUGAUUGAAAGUCAAUGGUCAAGGUCACGGAAGUCUACAUUUGUCAACAUUGUUAUUAUUAUAAUUAUUGUUAUCUAACAGCAAUAACUAUAUUAUGAAUGAUAGAAGAUCAAAUAAAUACCGUUGCAGCAAA